UGGAACUUGUUUAACUUAAUGUUAUUCAAUGUUUAGUUCAUUUACUGAGGCCACCUAGUGGCAAAUGUUAUAAUUGUGUGUAUUGCUAGUUCACAAACGCCAUCUUGUGGUCACUUUUAUUACUACAACUUGUUUACCAGAAAGGAAGAAAGCCUGUUCAUCCAUCUGCUCUGAAAGAAGCAGUUUUUGUUGUGUUUUCUUUAAUCUAAGUGCAAAACGGCAUCGUCUUUUUACACGAUUCUCAUUAAAUCCUGCUAAAGAACCUAAUGCAGUGCUUCUUGGUGGACGAAUGGGAAAGUGUUUAGCUACCUGUAUAGCUGAGUUACUGCUGAAGGCCACAGUGCUUAGCGAGGCCAGGAUAGUAAAAAGACGUCCCAUGCAGAAGAGACAAAGAAAAAGACAACGUCUGAGCCAUGGACAACAAAGGUAAUGAACAGAAGGCAAGUGAUGUGCUAUCAAAUAAGGACAUGGAUAUAGAUACAGUGUACCACGUCCGUUCUGUAGCCUCACGGUCAUCUACAUGCUCCUCUGUCAGUUUGGCUGCAGCUAAAGCAAGAGCUAAGGCUGAAGCAGCUAAAGCUAAACUGGAGUUUCAUGAAAAAGAGACACAUAUUCAGAUUGAGAAGGCAAAACUUGAAGCAUCACUGCGUGCACUCACUCUCCAAAGGGAACUUACAGCUGCUAAUGCUGAAGCAAAAGUAUUUGAGGCAGUAGCAGCAGACAUAGAGGAAGGAAAAUACAGCGAGACAUCUGAGCGCAGUCCUGUAGCCAAACAAACACUGAAAAGGACAGAAGACUAUGUAAAAGAGCAGUCAUCUUACUUCAGUCAGUACAACUACAAGGAUCAGGGGGCUCACUCACACCCACCUAACACUAUACCCAAUGCUGUUAACAUGCAACAAUAUACAGUACCUGUGCCUGCUGCUGUAACCACGCAACAAUAUGCAGCCUCAGAUGAAUUUAAGUCUCUUCCCAUUCAUCAGCCAGACAUGACAGGAGGACACAUUAAACAAUCCCCCAACUUCAACUCUUACCACAGAGGUGACUCAAUGCACAAUGUUAAUGUGAAAACUGAUGUUCCUACCUUUAACGUAAAUUCAGGAAAUCCCACAUUUGAUCUGGCAAGGUUUUUAGCACGCAGCCAAGUCAUAACAUCUGGUCUGGUCAAAUUUGAUGAUACUGCAGAACAUUAUCAAGCAUGGCGAGCUUCAUUCAUCAGUGCUAUAGAACCACUAGGGCUGACACCUAGUGAAGAAGUUGAUCUGAUGGUGAAGUGGCUUGGCAAGGAGUCAAGUGAGCAUGCGGCCAGAAUAAGAGCAGUUAAUAUUAACCAGCCUAUGGAUGGACUAAAAUCAAUAUGGGCAAGACUGGACAAAAUAUAUGGCUCACCAGAGGCGAUUGAAAAUGCUCUUUUCUCAAGACUUGAAGCUUUUCCCAAAAUCCAUUCUAGAGAUAACCGCAAACUUCAAGAGCUAGCAGAUCUUCUACAAGAGCUCCAAAUUGCAAAGCAAAGUGACAAGUUGUGUGGUUUAACCUAUUUGGACACGGCUAGAGGUGUCCAGCCAAUUGUAGAGAAGCUCCCCUACCCUCUACAGGAACGCUGGAUGUCACAAGGUUCUAGAUUUAAAUGAGAAUACAACGUGUCUUUUCCACCAUUCUCCUUCUUCAAAGAAUUUGUGUGCUCAGAAGCUGAAGUAAGGAAUGAUCCAAGUUUUAAGACUCUCUCACUCACGUGUGCUCCUCAGAGAAAGGAAAAAUGUGCACCAGUCAGAUACCCAGUUGCUGUCAAUAAAACAAAUGUCACACAAGAUCAUAUAAGCACUCCUGUCAAAUUAACAGAGAAAAUCCCUGUUAACCCAGAAAAACAAUGCCCUAUCCAUAAUAAACCACACCCAUUGAGUAAGUGCAGAGGAUUUGUGAAAAUGACUCUUGAUGAACGCAAAAAACUUCUCAAAGAACACAUGAUCUGCUAUCGCUGCUGUGCUUCUACAAGUCAUAUGGCAAAAAACUGUCAAGCUCCAAUCAAAUGUUUGGAAUGUGCAAGUGACAAACAUGUUAGUGCCAUGCAUUUCAGUGGAACAAGCGCUGUUCAGUCCUUAAGUCAGCCCCCACCGUGUGCAGAGGACGGCGGGGAGGAAGAGACGAGACAGGAAAUAAGCUCGAACUGCACUAAAGUCUGUGGUAUAGGACAAAGUAAUAAAUCAUGUUCCAAGAUUAUUCUGGUUAACGUGUAUCCCUCAGGUCAGCAGCAUAGGAGUAUGAGGAUGUAUGCAGUUCUGGAUGACCAGAGUAAUCUCUCCCUGGCCAGAAGUGAGUUUUUUGACAAGUUUGACAUACACGGCACUGAGGCUCCUUACAGCAUCACAACGUGUAUGGGCGCAACACAAGCAUAUGGAAGAAGAGCCCAUGGUUAUGUCAUAGAGUCUCUAGACAAAGAAACAUGUCUGCAGCUUCCCACAUUGAUUGAAUGUGACAAUCUCCCUAACAACAGGAAAGAAAUCCCGACACCGGAAGUGGCCCAUCACCACGACCACCUAAACAAAAUAGCCUCAGAAAUCCCUCCUCUCGACCCCAAUGCUGAGAUUCUCCUGCUGAUAGGAAGAGACCUGUUGAGAGUGCACAAAGUACGAAAACAGAUAAACGGACUGAAUAAUGAACCAUUUGCACAGAAACUAGAUCUCGGCUGGGUGGUAGUCGGUGAUGUCUGUGUCAAUGGAAUGCAUGGGCCUCCAACAGUGAGCAGCAUGAAGACAUACAUAUCUGACAGUGGCAGACCUUCUACAUUUUCAGAAUGUGAGAACAAAAUCAAAGUAAGAGACUUGUACACAGAAACAUCAGACACACUUUCAGUGUUUUCAAGAACAAUUCAUGAUCACCAGUUAGCUCCCUCUAUUGAAGACAAACGCUUCUUGAAAAUAAUGGAAAAAGGCUUUCUCCAAGAUGAUUCAAAUAGCUGGGUUGCCCCUCUCCCAUUCCGGCACCCUCGUCGCAAGCUACCUAAUAACAGAGAAUAUGCGGAGAAACGUUUUGCCUCUCUGGAACGCAAUCUUCAGAAAAAACCUGAAAUGAAAAGGCACUUUUUUGAGUUUAUGCAAAGGCUGUUUAACAAUCAUCACGCUGAGCUUGCCCCACCACUUGAAAAAGAAAAGGAAAGGUGGUACUUACCCAUUUUUGGAGUUUAUCAUCCUCAAAAGCCCAACCAAAUACGUGUCGUAUUUGAUUCAUCUGCACAGUUUGACGGCGUCUCACUGAAUGAUGUUUUGCUGCAGGGUCCAGACCUAAAUAACAGUCUACUUGGAGUUCUGAUGAGAUUCAGAAUGGGUCCAAUCGGAGUUUUAGCAGAUAUAGAGCAGAUGUUCCACUGCUUUGUUGUUCAAGAAGAGUGCAGAGACAUGCUCAGGUUUUUGUGGUACCGCGACAAUCAGCCAGGAAACGAAGUGGUUGAGUACCGAAUGAGAGUUCACAUAUUUGGGAACAGUCCAUCACCUGCAAUUGCCAUUUAUGGCCUACGGAGGGCAGCAAAGGAAAUGGAGCAAGUCUAUGGCAGCAAAACAACAGAGUUAGUGGAGAAACAUUUUUACAUGGAUGACGCACUGCUGUCUUUCACAUUAGAAGCUGAGGCCAUAAAGACA